GUUCUCGUCAUCGUCUCCCCCGAGCACACCCCAACUCUCAUGACCCAUCCUCGCGGAUACCGACACGACGACGGCCAAUACCUGUGCUCGUUUCCCAACAGCGAUAUCUCGCCGGCCACUCCGGCCGGCGUCCUGCAUUUCCCUGACAGGGCGACGUUCAAGUGCGUCCUCCCAGAAAGGAGUCGUCGGAGAUUGCCGUUCCCGAGGCCGGUGCUGACGAAGAACCGCGCACCACCGCCGCAGAGGAGUUCUCCGGCCCCGGAAAUGCUCCGGUGGACCUACGUGGCGUAUGAUUCCCUGACGACGGAGGACGAUGUGGUGGUGUUCGCGAAGGGGCUGAAUCACAGGCAAGGAAUAAACCGUGAGCCGUCGGAAUUUAAGUGCGUGUUCUAUCGGGGCGAUGACGUGGCAAACGGGGUGAGAACUGCCGUUACGAAUUCCAUGCAGGAAGUGUUCCGUUGUCAACGACCCUCCGAACUAAACGCAUCAAUCAAAGUUACCCUGGAAACCGUCCUGGAUAAGCGGGUUCUCCCCAGCGUCGCCUACUAUAACCCCCCGCGCAAGCUAGCUGCGAAGAGCAGCGGGAGGGCGCUACUGUGCGCCUGCACCAUGGUCUACAACGUGGCCAAGUUCUUGAAAGAAUGGGUCGUCUAUCAUUCCAAAAUUGGGGUGCAAAGGUUCCUGCUCUACGAUAACGGCAGCGACGACAACUUGAAAGACGUGGUGGAAGAGCUGGUGAGACAAGGUUACGAUGUAAACACCUACUUUUGGUAUUGGCCCAAGGCGCAGGAGGCCGGUUUUUCCCACAGCGCCGUUUAUGCUAAGGAUUCUUGUACCUGGACGGCUUACAUUGAUGUGGACGAGUUCAUUUAUUCUCCUUCCUGGUUCAAUUCGUCAAGCCCAUCAAGCUCCAUGUUGCAUUCCCUACUCACAUCAAUAUUAACGUCCAACGCCGAAGAAUUAGCAUCAUUGUCAUUAGGGCAAGUUCACAUCGGGUGUCACGAAUUCGGGCCGUCGAACCGGACGGAACAUCCUGCAGAGGGAGUGAUGCAAGGGUACAAUUGCAGAAAGCAGCUCGAAAACAGGCACAAGUCUAUAGUGUUAUUAGAUGCAGUGGACAAUUCUUUGUUGAACGUGAUACACCAUUUUAGUUUGAAGCCCGGGUACUGGCCUAGGAAGUUGAGCAUUCGGGAAGCGUUGGUGAAUCACUAUAAAUUCCAGGCGUGGCCGGAGUUCAAGACCAAGUUUAGAAGACGGGUUUCGGCUUACGUGGUGGACUGGACGCAACAGGUGAACCCUGGUUCCAAUGAUAGAACCCCGGGGCUAGGGUUUUCAGCCGUUGAACCUCAGGGUUGGCCUGGAAAGUUUUGUGAGGUGCUUGAUAACGGCUUGAAAGACCUCACCCGGAAAUGGUUCGCACUCGAAGUUGCAUCCUCCUCCUCCUCCUCCGAGGUUCACAACAACUACAAGAUGGCUUGGCAAAGGUGACCGGCAGCUGGCGGUACGUACAGCACCCUCGUUUUCUUGUUCACAAAGGAAGGGAAGGUGAGGUGGCGGCUGAGCAUACAUGAGAAUCUCAUACGAAUGAGAGAGGAUGAUUAAUGGAGAGAGUGAAGGGACGGAGCACUUGGACAUUUAGGAGGAAAGGAAUAUAAUACCAGUGUAAGGUUGCUUCUGGCUGCUACAAGACGACGACUAGUAGCUUUAUGG